AUGCCGAUCAAAUGGGAUGCUGAUGCUGAUGCCCGGGUGAGUACAUAUCGCCCCCCUCCAAGUUUGGGCUGGAGCUUCAACGCUCGGCAAACACCAAUUGCUGAAUACCCCUUCCGCUCAACACUCUUUGAGCUCUAUUUGCUCUUUGCUGCGGUACUCGCCACAUCGGAGAUCAAAAUUGACCACUCAGCAGUUGCACUGCGGAUGGGGAAUGAAUGUACCGCCAAAGCCGUCACACAUCGCAUCGCCAACAUCAAAAACAAAGCGAAAUUGCUCGAGGCUGAUGGAACUGCAGCGGCCACUACUGCAGCAGCAGCUGCUCCGGCUCCAGCUACGGGACGACGCAAACGCGCGCCAAAUGCCAAGGCGAAAUCAGAGGAGCAAGUCCACGACUCGGAGGACGGAGACAAACCAGCGGUGAAGAAGAGAAGGACUGCAAAGAGUGCAAAGGCUGCAGCUGGUGCCGCGGGUACGAAGAAAAAAACCCAGCAACCAGUCGCCGCGCCCGUCAAGAAGGAGGCGGAAGUUUCUACCAGCGACGACGACACUACUGCAAAGGAAGAAGACUCUGCUUGA